AUGUCAUUCUAUUCAACGAAUAUGCCGAAUGGAGCGAAGCUAUGGGUAAAAACCCACGCGAUAGACCCAACGAUGACAAAAGUGCUGAUAUUCCCAUCCCCUUUUCAGCUCCUGGACCUGGGCAGCAUCGAUCUGGAUGCAGCCAACGUCCUCGCAGGACGCAACCAGUUCGCAGUCGGCCUUGCACCACAGCCGCAUGAGCGUCGCGACCUGAUCAUGAUAGCCGCUCUGAUCUACCACCCGCAUGUAGGCCUUGUUCUCUUCGACGCGGGCUCCUGCGAGGACAUCAUCACGAGCUGGGGCGCGAAGACAAUGGAGUGCAGCCCACGGAACUGGGAUAAAUCCGUACACGGCCUUGCCGAGGCUAUCCGAGCCACGGGGGCCGGGGAGAUCACGGAUGUCAAGGCGGUUGUGAUGAGCCAUCUCCACUGUGACCAUGCAGGGGGCUUGGAGCACUUCCUAGACACAGAGGUCGAAGUUUGGUGUCACGAGGAGGAGCUGAAGAAUGCCUUUUGGGCAUGUGCGACGCGGGUUGAUCAAGGCCCGUACUUGAAAGACUACCUGAGUGUCGACCGCUUGAACUGGAGGACUUUUACGGGUACGGUCUUUGAGGUCUUUCCGGGGAUUAUUUUGCAUCACUGCCCGGGGCAUACGGCGGGAUCCAUUGCCAUGCAAGUGAACCUGGAGAAGACGGGUACAGUCUUGCUUACGGGGGAUGCGUUCCACGUCAAGGAAAACUGGGAAGAGGGCAUUGCCCCAGGCACGUUGACGAGGGACUGGAACGAGUGGCAUCGGAGCCGGAAUUAUCUGCGCAGCCUGGCGCAAGCAAGACAGGCGAAGGUUAUCUUGGGACAUGAGAGGGCCUAUUUCAAGAGGUUGAGGAACAGUCCAGAGUACAAAGAAUAG